AUGGCCGAGUACAUGUUUGGCCUCAACAUAACCGAUCUUCAGUCUAACAAGCUUGUAGGAAGCAUCCCACCUUCGUUUGGUAACAUUUCAUCUCUCACAGGGCUUUCGUUAUUAGAUAGUAUAUUGGGUGGAAGCAUUCCGGUCGAUCUGAGCCGAAUACCUAACUUGGAAUUUCUUGAAGUCUCUGAAAAUAGAUUGUCUGGUAUCAUUCCUUCUCAGCUUUACAACCUAUCGUCCUUGCUUGCUUUUUCUGUGACGGAUAACUCGUUUUCUGGAAGAACUCCGUCUGACAUAGGCCUCACUCUUCCAAACCUCAAGGCUCUUUUAGCGGGAGGAAACCGUUUUACAGGUCCUAUUCCAAGAUCGUUGGGCAAUGCUUUGAUGCUUGAAGAACUUGAAUUGACUGAUAAUGGUUUUAGCGGACCCUUGCCAACGAAUCUUGGGAGGCUACAAAGUCUUUCUUGGUUGAAUUUGGCAGGUCUAGAAUACAAUAAUCUCAAAGGAGUGUUGCCAGACUCCGUCGGAAAUCUUUCGAUCCAGCUUGAAGUGCUAACACUGAGUGAAAACCAGAUAUUUGGUAGCAUCCCUAAUGGGAUAGGAAAUCUCGCCGGCUUGACCCAAUUGACGAUGGAUCAUAACCGUAUGACGGGUUCUGUUCCGGUCAGUAUUGGGAAGCUUCAGAGCCUGCAAGUCUUGGACUUGUCCAUAAAUAGAUUUUCAGGCAGCAUUCCAAUCUCCGUCGGGAACAUGUCUCUUUUCGGUAAUCUGUACUUAGCAGAAAACAACCUACAGGGAUUCAUCCCUCCGACUCUCGGAAACUGUCGGAAUCUAUAUGUGUUGAACCUUUCUCAAAACAGCCUCCAUGGUGACAUACCCAAACAAGUUUUUAGCCUUGUAUCCUUAACACUUUCCCUCAGCUUGGAUGGGAAUUUUCUCACCGGCUGCCUACCAGAGGAUGUUGGUAACUUGAAAAACAUUGAAGAAAUACACGUUGCAAGGAAUAGAAUGUCAGGCGAAAUUCCUCAAGCGCUUAGCAAUUGUCUGAAACUGGAGAACCUCAACUUGGAGGGAAACUUCUUCAAUGGAACCAUCCCUAGAUCUUUGAAUACUCUAAAAGUCAUUAAAAUCUUAGAUCUUUUGGAUAAUAAUUUGUCAGGGCAAAUUCCAAAAUACCUCGAGGAGUUUCAGUUCUUGCAGUAUCUGAAUCUCUCUUUCAAUGAUCUCGACGGCGAAUCCUUGGAAACAAGAAACUCUGUGGCAGCAUUGCAGCUGCCGUCAUGUCCAAUUACAGCCUCUAAAAAACAAAGAAGAUCUCUAGUUAUCAAAGUGGGGAUUGCAGUAUUCGCCACAAUUCUUUGCUUGCUCAUAUUAUCCUGUUUAUUUGGUUUUUGUUACUGGAGAAAAAAGCCAAGAAAGAGACUCUCUUCGACAUCUUCCUUGAGGAAUCAUCAGUUCAAGGUUUCUUAUGCAGAGCUCCUCAAAGCCACCAAUGCCUUCUCUUCAUCCAAUUUGAUUGGUUUCGGAAGCUAUAGUUCGGUAUAUAAAGGAGUUCUAGACCACGAUGAGAUGAUCGUCGCAGUGAAGGUGCUCAACCUUCAACAAAGAGGGGCUUCCAAGAGCUUCAUCACUGAAUGCGAAGCCUUGAGAAAUAUCCGGCACCGGAACCUCGUCAAGGUCUUAACUUCUUGCUCGAGCAUCGAUUUUAAAGGGGACCAUUUCAAAGAUUUAGUUCUCGAGUUCAUGCCUAAUGGGAGCCUCGAGAAGUGGUUGCAUCCGCAGGAUGAUGAUGGCUCAAGCCAUUUGAGGAAAUUAAGCCUGAUUCAGAGGCUAAACAUAGCCAUCGAUAUGGCUUCUGCACUCGAGUAUCUUCAUCAUGAUUGCCAGAUGCCGGUCAUCCAUCAUGAUCUAAAGCCAAGCAAUGUUCUUCUUGAUGAUGACAUGAUUGCCCAUGUCGGCAAUUUCGGGCUAGCAAGACUCCUAUGUGAAUCCGAUCAUUAUUCUCAGAAUCAAAGCAGCUCGGCGGUGAUAAAGGGAACAAUUGGGUAUGUUGCUCAGGUAAUGACUCCUUCAACAUCUCCUUCCUUUCUCUCUUAGACUUGAUUUUUAAAAAUUACAGAUAACAUGUUUUCUAUAUGUCAUGCAUCAUGUGCCCCAUCUGCAAGCUGUGCACCUUGUACCUCACAGCAUCCAGUCAUACAGCCACACAUUCGGAAAACUACACAUUUUUUUGUCUGAUAUCUAUAGGCUAAUUUUACUUAAUUUAAAUACAUAACCAAUCAUAUACUACAACUUGCAAGAGUAGGACCUACCUAGCAUUGAAAACUCUCAUCCUGUUGGCUUUACCAUCAUAGGCCACAGCCCAAAAAUUGAUCAGAUUUGAAUUGCAACUGAUUAUCGAUUGUUGGAUUAACCAUCCAAAGAAAAUAUCCUUUUAGCUUUGGUUGUUAAUAAAUUCUUGCUUUUCUUCCCAAAAAAAAAAAAAAAAAAAAAACCAUCGGACAAACUGUCCAUUCACAGAAUAUGAUAUGGCCUCCAAACUCUCCAAACACUUAAUCCUAAUCUGAAAAUCUGGG